AUGGCGAUGACUAGGACGAAAGCUGCACUCAUCGUGCUCCUCUGCAUUGUAGGCCAAGUCGUGGCACCGCCACCACUGGGCGCAAACCAGGACAACCGCUCCUGUCCCAUUUUCCAGUGCCAGUCUAAGUCGAAGCAGGCCGGCCGCUUCGAUGCUGUGAACCCUAAAUUCUCAGAGGCCUUCACGUACAGCGCGACCAAGGACCCGAACGAGGAGUGCUGGAAGGUGUGCCAGUACCACAACCAGGGCAACCGCCCCGAUCCCGUCGUGUACUGGCAGUACGAACCCUUCACCGACCCCACCACCGGCGGUCUGUGCACGUGCUACGGCGAGGAGGUGUGCAAGGACAAGCACUUCGUCGACCCCUCGAAAGAUAACGGCGUGCGCCCCGCGUUCAUCUACGUUGGCAAGAUCUGCCCCGCCAAUGGCACCGGCGACCCGCACUUUGUCGGCGCCGACCUGUCGCGCUUCGACUUCAGCGGCCGGCCCGGCGAGGAUUACGCGCUCAUCUCCGACGCCCACGUGGCGGUUCAGGCUCACUUCGACGGCCGCUGGGGCGAAUGGGAAGGCCGCAACAAGGCGCUGACGUGGAUGCGCCAAAUCAGCGUUCUGUGGGGACACCACACUAUUGUGUUCGAGGCGCGUGAGGGCUGGGCUGCCGAUUACGGCACCGGGUAUCUCCAGCGCCUCAUGGUUGACAGUGAGGUGGUAAAGCUGGGCGUUCCCGGGUCGCACCUCGAGGCCGCGUCGUUCUUUGACGGGCAGGUUGAGAUUAAGUGGGUGGCUGCGAAGAAGCCGGUCAAGGACGACCUUGUUGAUGAGUACGAGGUUCGCAUCAGCGACAUUCUCGCCCUGCGACUGACUCUGCGACCGGAGAUCGAAAUGCUUCGCACCGAUGAGGACGGGCUGGUUCACUUCACGGUGGACGUGAUGAGCGCGAAGCUGUCCCCCAACGUGCACGGCGUGCUCGGCCAGACCUACCGCCCCGACUUCGCCAGCCGACUCGAGAAGCAGAAGCUGGUGUACAGCGAGCUGUUCAAGACGUACGUGGUGCCCGGCGACAACGCUGAGGGCUUCAUUGACGGCACCGUCGACGACUACAAGUGCUCCGACCUCACCCACUCCGACUGCGCCUUCUGCCGCUUCGUGCGCGCAGAGGACCUCGACGACGAGACCGCGCUCGCGGUCGAAAUGGCGACUGGCGCUUCGUCCUCGUUCAGCGACAACGGCAACGCUUACUACCCCCGCAAGGCGCUUGUCGGGGCUUUCUAA